CUUCUAGUAGGUUCCAGAAGGCGGCGCGUGCGGCUGGAAGGCGGCGGCGAGGACGGCGGCGACUCAACGCGGUUCCGGGCCGGGCGAUGGAGCAGGUCAACGAGCUCAAGGCGAAGGGCAACAAAGCCCUGAGCGCCGGCAACAUCGACGAUGCGCUGCAGUGCUACUCAGAGGCCAUCAAGUUGGACCCGCAGAACCAUGUGCUGUACAGCAACCGCUCGGCGGCCUAUGCCAAGAAGGGGGAUUACCAGCGGGCCUACGAGGAUGGCUGCAAGACGGUGGACCUGAAGCCUGACUGGGGCAAGGGCUAUUCCCGAAAAGCAGCAGCACUCGAAUUCUUAAAUCGAUUUGAGGAAGCCAAGCGAACCUAUGAGGAGGGAUUAAAACAUGAAGCAAAUAAUCCUCAACUCAAGGAAGGGCUUCAGAAUAUGGAGGCCCGCUUGGCAGAAAGGAAAUUCAUGAACCCCUUCAAUGUACCUAACCUGUACCAGAGGCUGGAGAACGAUCCCCGGACAAAAGCGCUCCUCUCGGAUCCCACCUACCGGGAGCUAAUCGAGCAGCUCCGAAGCAAGCCCUUCGACCUGGGCACGAAACUCCAAGACCCCCGCAUCAUGACAACUCUCAGUGUGCUCCUGGGUGUAGACCUGGGCAGUAUGGAUGAGGAAGAGGAAGUCGCGCCCCCACCUCCACCCCCGCCUCCCAAAAAGGAGACCAAACCUGAGCCCAUGGAGGAAGAUCUCCCUGAGAAUAAAAAACAGGCCCUGAAAGAAAAGGAGCUGGGCAACGAUUCCUAUAAGAAGAAAGACUUCGACGCGGCCUUGAAGCACUAUGGCCGGGCGCGGGAGCUGGACCCCACCAACAUGACGUACCUGACCAACCAAGCAGCUGUGUACUUCGAGAAGGGCGACUACGGCAAGUGCCGGGAGCUUUGCGAGCAGGCCAUUGAUGUGGGCCGGGAGAACCGAGAAGACUACCGGCAGAUCGCCAAAGCUUAUGCUCGAAUCGGCAACUCCUACUUCAAGGAAGAGCAGUACAAGGAUGCCAUCCACUUCUACAACAAGUCCCUGGCGGAGCACCGAACCCCGGAUGUGCUCAAGAAAUGCCAGCAGGCCGAGAAAAUCUUGAAGGAGCAAGAGCGGUUGGCCUACAUAAACCCUGACCUGGCCAUGGAGGAAAAGAACAAAGGCAAUGAGUGUUUCCAGAAAGGGGACUACCCCCAGGCCAUGAAGCAUUACACGGAAGCCAUCAAACGAAACCCCAGAGAUGCCAAACUGUACAGCAACCGAGCUGCCUGUUACACUAAACUGCUGGAGUUUCAGUUGGCGCUCAAGGACUGUGAGGAGUGCAUCCAGCUAGAGCCCACCUUCAUCAAAGGUUACACGCGAAAAGCCGCAGCACUGGAAGCCAUGAAGGACUAUACGAAGGCCAUGGAAGUCUACCAGAAGGCCCUUGACCUGGACUCCAAUUGUAAGGAAGCGGCCGAUGGCUACCAGCGCUGUAUGAUGUCCCAGUACAACCGGCACGACAGCCCGGAAGAUGUGAAACGUAGGGCCAUGGCUGACCCGGAGGUGCAGCAGAUCAUGAGUGACCCAGCCAUGCGGCUCAUUCUGGAGCAGAUGCAGAAGGACCCCCAGGCACUCAGCGAACACUUAAAGAACCCCGUAAUAGCACAGAAGAUCCAGAAACUGAUGGAUGUGGGGCUCAUCGCAAUCCGGUGAUGACUUGCUCACCGCCCCUUCUCGUGGCCCUGCCGUGGAGAGGAGCUGGGAGCCCGGCGAGCAGAAGGGGAAGGGGAAAGCCAGCCACUUGUAUUUAUACCGGCCAGUGGGCGCCAGGGACUCGGACUCGGCCUCCCGGCGCGCAUGGUCUCUGCUGCCCUCACCUCCGCGUCUCCUCCCGCCUCUGUCACCGGCUCCGCUGCUCCCCAUAGUUGGUUAUUUUUUAUUUGGGUUGGUGGGCAUGUCUGGGGUGGGAGUUUUCUUCCCACCCCCUGGUCCCUUCUGCCUUCACAUUGUUAAUUCAUUUCCACAGCUCAAUAAAACAAGCCAGUUGGGCGUGGUUAGACCU